AUGAUUGAUAACUAUAAAGACUGGCUUGAACAAUUGCCUUAUGCAUUAUUGGGAUAUCGCACUACUACCAGAACUUCAACUUGGGCAACUCUGUACCUGUUGGUGUAUGGCACUGAAGAAGUAAUACCAGCCAAAGUAGAAAUUCGUUCACUUCAAAUAAUACAAGAAGCUGAAUUAGACGAUGCGGAAUGGAUCCGCAAGAGCUAUGAGCAACUUGCUUUGAUAGAUGAAAAGCGAAUGAUCACUGUUUGUCACGGUCAAUUGUACCAACAAAGAAUGGCGCGAGCUUUCAACAAGCAUGUAAGAACCAGGGUGUUUCAAAUUGGGCAAUUGGUGCUCAAACGAAUAUUUGCUAAUAAAAAAGAAUACAAAGGAAAGUUCGCACCAAACUGGCAAGGCCCCUAUAUGGUUCGAAAAGUACUGUCAGGAGGAGCCGUAGUACUUGCUGAAAUGGAUGGUCAAGAGUGGCCAAAAGCAAUAAAUUCAGACGCCAUCAAGAGAUACUACAUGUGA